GUAGUAAGUAAUGUCCGUUUCCUACCAGCGAUUUAUUACUGUGCGCUCGUUUCAACACAUGAAAGCUAAACGAAAAUUUAUAAUAACAAACAAUUCGUCGUCUUUAAUGUCGUAAUUAUCGUCAACGUAUCGUUACUGUGUCAGUUUAACAUACAAUUGGAUAAAAAAUCUAAAUCAAACAAAAACGAAAAAAGUGAAAUGAAAUAAACCCACAUUUUAAACACUGCACAUUUGGUGUUGGCCAUGUCCUUUAAAUAAAUUAUUUCAAUUUAGUGUGUUCUAGCACCUGCUUCUCAUACCAGUGAUAGAAUAAGUGUAUUGCAGACUACACACAUUCAUAUGGAUGUAUGUACGUAUAUAAAUGUACUGAAAAGUGCACACCUAUGAUAUUGACCAAUAUUUCUUUUACUAAAUUAAAAAAAACGCAAUUAGUAACAAUUAAAUGAGUGUUUAAAAAUUAACCAAGUUUUACAAUUUAAUUUAACCCUUUUUCAGGGAAACUGAUGAGCUUGCCGACCGUGGAAAAGAAAAAUAAAAACAAAAUAGUAUAUAAAUAAACAAAAAUAAAGUUAAUUAAAACAUUAUAAAACUCCAUGAAAAAAUAAAAAAUAACUUGAUAUUUAUUACUCGUUUAAAUUGAUGGUGUGAUAUUUCAAGCGAAGAUUAUUUUUUGUGUUUUUAAUUUUAAUUAAAAGGUAUUUGAAAAAUGUUACCAAACAAAAAGGAUGAAAUUACACAAGAAUCUUUAAAAAGUGUUAAGGCAACAUAAUAAAUAAUUUUUAAACAAAAAAAAAAAAAAGAGAAACGAAAAAAAAAACAAAUAAACGACAUAAAUGAAGAUGAAAUUAAAUUAAAACAAAAAUAAAAACAACGCAAAAUGCCUUUAAAAAAAGAAAACAAUUUCAAGGAUAUAAAUACAACAACAAGAAAGAGACAACAGCCGAAAAAACAAUCCAGGCAGCAGUAUAAACUACAAAAAACGACCUCAUCAAAUGUACAGCAGUCUACUUGAAUUGUGAUUUGUGACAGUAAUGAAACUUUUUAUAUACUAUUUCAAAUAGAACAAUAAAACCGAAACAAAAUUAUCGGAUGGAAUCAAAUAAAUAUUUAAAAAAAAUUUCAAAAAUAAAACAAAUCCUAAAAAAGUGAAUACAAUAAUAAAAAGGAGAAAAACUAAACAAAAAAAUUCAAAGAAUUCGUUAAACAUCUUCUAUAUAUUGCCAUUCAAAGUCAAAGUCAGUGUUGUGAAAAACAUCUAAAUACUUAUUUUUCAUCAAAAUAAUUCUUUCUCGUGUUGCCUCGAAAUCCUUAAAUAUAAAACAAAAUCGGGUAAAACAUAAGAAGGAGAAAAAAGUGAAGAAAAAAAAUAACUAAAACGUAACAAGCUAAAUCCUUUUAUACUUUAAACAACGAUACACAACGGAGUUCCUUCACCCGUAAAUUCCUUUUCUGUUCACAAUGUUUUUUCUUCAGCCUCCUCCUAUGUUGAGGCAAUUGUCGGUAGAAUAUGGAUGUUUGCUGGUUUUGAUUUUCGCUCAAUUCUGGGUUCAUGUUUUCUGUGGCGAGAAAUUGGCACUUUUGUCAGCAACACUGCGCACAUAUCAAAAAGCUGCCUGUGACACAGAUCAAGUUGUAAUUACAUGUCCACGUGGCACAAGUAUAUCCAUUGAAUUUGCACAGUACAAUAAGUUUAUAGCCAAAGAUGGCAUAAGUAUUGAGGAAUUAUGUCCUGCCAACGGUGAUGGAAUUGAAAAUCGCACUAAAGCUAAACACUUACUACGUGGCUCAACGUUUGGUUCGCCCACACAAAAAGUACCCGCAAAUCGUUAUGUAAAUGGUGCACAUUUAUCUGAAGUGGCGAGUCUGAGUGCUGUCUCUGCAGCGGAUGCGGCAACAACCACCAGCACGGCUGACAAUGAUGAUAAUACACCAGAGAACUGCAUGUGGCCAAAUGCAUUGCAGUAUUCACUGUUGCAAACAGUUGUCGAAGCUUGCCAAAAAAAGAAGCAUUGCAAAUUUAAUGGUCGCCCACAAUUCUAUGGAUUGGGAGCCAGUGGUGUGGGUGAUGCAAGUGGUUCGAGUAGUUAUCACAGCAGCAGUACAAUUAGUUCGAGUAUCAUCAGCUCAGACCCCUGUCCAAAGAGAAGAAAAAUUGUUGAAGUUGCAUAUAAAUGCCGUCCAUAUGAAUUUCGCAGCAAGGUGGCCUGCCACAAUGAUGUUGCACAGCUGGAGUGUAAUCCAUAUUCUCGUAUUGCUGUCUAUAGUGCAAGUUUUGGACGAACCGAAUACGAGAGCAUACAGUGUCCCCAGCCACAGGGUGUACGUGAAGAAACUUGUUUGGCUUCGUACGCCACUGAAACCGUUAUGCAAAUCUGUCAUGGACGUCGACGUUGCAAUCUGGCCGCAGAUGCCAAUACGUUCGGUUCACCAUGUCAACCCAAUUCACGGAUGUAUCUGAAAGUUGUUUACACUUGUGUACCGAAACAAGUGCUUAUGGAUCGCUAUGAAACAGAGGUUGAAGCUGAUGAACCAGAAGACUUUGAGGGUGAUGUUAAUGAUUUGUACGAUGAUGAAUUGUUCUACAAAGAAUCUGAAGCAAUACCAAAGCUGUAUAGCAAUACAACAGCGCCCGCUGCUCGCAACAAUGCGAACACAACAACAGCUGUUAAUGCAACAUAUAACACUGCCACAAGUGCUAAUAGAGCCAAUAAUGGUUCGUUGGGUUUCGAUGGUGAUAUUGGUAGCGUAAAUCCCGUCAUGACACAUAGCGCCGAUAUAAGUUUAGAAGGCGACCAAGAACGUUUGUUUGUCUAUCUUCUGACGGCUGGUUCAGUGGGUGUAAUACUUUGUAUAGUUGCUGUUGCGGUCAGAGUGGUGCUGUUGAAGCGUCACGAGAGCGCAACUGACACCCAUUCAACCUCGUCCGGCAAAGGAGGUGUUGGUGGUACUCUAGGCGGUGGUGGGGGCGGUGCAGGAGGCAACGAAGGAGUCGGUGAGACUACAAUACCAAACGGCUUUAACGACACAAUUUCCGAAGUAGAUGCUGACAUCGAUUUACAAACGCCAAUUCCAGUGCCAAGUGUGUCAAAGAACGAGAAUUACAUGAGUUAUGCACCAACUACGAAUCUUUACGGUACCUUGGGUCCUUCAAAUACACUAAUGUCACAGAGUAGUACGGCGGGAUCCGUAUCAUCAAGUCUAAUGAGCAAUACAACGAUUUUGUGUGGUCCAAGACAAUCACCUGAUAUUUUGGGAAUAUCAUCUCAAGUAUACGCUCCAACAAGCGGUUCAAGUUCAGGGUCACCUGCAAUAAGUGGAAUUUUAGCACCGGCAAUUGUUCUUGGUAGUGCCGGCGGUGGUUCAAUUGUUAGUUCGGGUAGUAAUGUUAUCGGUACUGUGGUUCCCAUUUCUUCGUUGGCACAAUACACGACAGCGCCAACUUUUCGUUCCGGCUACAUACUGAACAGUGAAAAUGUACUACAAAGGCCGCCCAAUAUGAGCACACCACCAACGUCAAUGUCUAACAAUGAAACAUACCUGUGCCAACAAUACCAGCAGCAACAACCAACGAUACAAAUGCAAACAACUAGCAAUAGUGGUUUAACGUCAACGACUGCCACACUCAGACGUAUGAAACAGGCAAAUUCUGCGGCUGUUUCUACAGCAUCGCCACCACCACCUUCGUCCGCUCCUCAUCACCACCAACAACAGCAACAAUCAAUGGCAGCAGGUUCAACGUCAACCUAUGAUGGUUUGGCUCCACGUACUUUAUCAACUGGGGUGGCUGUUAACUCGCAAUUCUAUUACGGAUGACAAAAUGAGCAUAAUACAAUGUACAGUGCUGCGGCCGCAGCCAAGUCAUCAUCACCGUCUUUACAACAACAAUAACAGCAGCAAACCAGUAAUUGUUCUCGAAGUAAAACUUCAGAACCACUUAAAAAAUUGGCGUAAACGUUGAUAGCGAUAAUAUGCCAAUUCAAUUGAUAAUAAAAAGGAGCAAAAAUAAAAGAAAAGCAGAUGAAAAGAACAAAUAAACAAGCAAACUGAAAAGACAAACAAACAAUAAAAUGAACUGAACUAAAUAUUGCCUAAAAUGGUAAACAAUUGUUCUGGAAUGCUUGUUAUUUCAAUAAAAGUCGAAAAUUGUUGAGCAUUGUUGAGCUCUCAAGCAUGCAAUGAAAGAAGAAAGGACAAUACCUUUACAUAAAUAUGAGAUCUAUUUCUGUAAAAAUAAAAAAUAUAUUAAACAAAGGUACAGAAAUUUAUCUGGCAUUGACAACAUCUUUUCAUUGUUGUACAAUACAAAUAAUAUUGCUCGGUUAAAAAGGACAACUUCAUGCAAAUCAACAAUAUAUUGACAGCACUGGUUGUUAACAGCCAACCAGCCAUUGAACCAUCUUCUGAAAUAUUGUUUUCUUUCUAUUAUAUGUAUAUCUGAAAGUUCUUGAACUUAUCGGGAU